AGAGAGAGAGAGAGAGAGAGAUAGAGAGAGGAGAGAGGAGAGAGGAGAGAGGAGAGAGGAGUUCAAAAUCAAGCUCCAAUGGCUGACCAUUCCCCUUCCGGCACCGAACUUCCCCAAAACCAGAACGAAGAACUCAACGAGGCAGCGCCGAUUUCUCUUGACAACGAAGUCGAAAACGAGGACGAUGAAGAAGAAGAAGACGAAGACGACGAAGACGAGGAGUAUAUGAGUGAGGACGACUUGAUUGACGAACUGGAUUCAGAGGAAGACGCAGAAGAAGAUGAAGAAGAUGAAGAAGAAGAAGAAGGCGAAGGUGAAGGUGAAGCUUGCUUCUUGGGAGACGAGGGUUCCGAAGGGAAUCAGUGGAGCGCCUCUGAAAUCGACGGCCUUUUUUGCCCUAUUUGCAUGGAACCUUGGACUAACGAUGGCGAUCAUCAUAUCUGUUGUCUUUCAUGUGGGCACAUAUUUGGGAUAUCUUGCAUACAGAAGUGGCUUAAAAAGUGUCAAAAUCAAGGGAAGUGUCCUCAAUGCAACAGAAGAUGCAAACUGAAAGACGUCAGAAAGCUUUUUGCGGCGCGGGUUGUUGCCAUUGAUGAAGAAGCACAAAAGAGAAUUCAAUCACUUGAGAAUAAAUGUGCUUCUCUUGAGAACGAGAGAGCUUGUUGGAGUAAAAAAGAAGCUGAGUGGAGAAAAUUGGAGGCCAAGUUCCAAUUGGAAGUUCAACAGCUUAAAGAGAUAUCUGAAAAAAGUGAGCAACAGACAAAGCAGAAAGCUGAACGUGGGUACCAGUUAUUACAUCAGAAGGCGCAACAGAUAGAACAGAAGUUGCAACAGCUAGAACAGAAGUUGGCGGAAGAUACAAAAACGUGGGUGGAACAUACGAAAAAGUGUGUUGAAAAUCAGCAAGAGGUAAUGCAGAAGUUGGCUGAAUGUGAGCGGAAAUUGGUUGAAUACGCUGAAUAUAAGCGGAGAAGGCUGAAUCUGAGCGACGAUUAGAGCACAUAACCCAUUUUCUAAUGAUGCAGUUCCCUAGUUUCCACAAUGACCCAUUAGGCUCUUUGUGAUAUAUGGUCGUAGCACUAUUGUCAUGACUUUUGUGUCCAAGUUCUUUUUUAUUAGUGCUGAAACUUUGAUGGAUCACUUCUUAAAAUUUUAUUUUAGGUUUUUGGUUUGGUGCCGUGCACAAGAGGUUCCUUAAAAAUGCUGUAAGAUGCACCCUUUAUUUUUGUGGGAUUGCAUCACCAGACCUACCAUCUGGAUUGGAAAGAGAGAAAAAAAAAAU